GCGUGGAGGCCCGGGAGGGACAGCGAGUGUUACGGCCAGGUCGUCUCCUCCCCUCCUCCGCCCAUGGACGACUUGACCUCUUCGCCGUCUCCACCACUGCCCCCGCGCUCCCACCCCCACGCUCUUCCCUCCCGCGACGCGCGCGGGCGGUUCCCACAAAGCUACCACCCACCCCUAUACACAGCGGUUGCUGCCACUGCCGGCCGCUCUUGCUCUUCUGCUGCUUCUCGGCGCGCUGCCUGCGUACUGCGAUGCAGAGGGCGGCGGUCGACGUCGAGGACCUCCUGGUCCGCGUCAAGAACGGAGAAGACGCCGACCUCGCCGCCGUCGCGCGGGAGGUGGCCGCGCUCGCCGAGGAGGGCAGGCUCGGGGAGGACGACGACGAGGACGGCCUCCUCGUGCCGGCCCUGCUCGCGCGGCUCGCUGCCGCGGGGACCGCCGAGGCCAGGGUCAGCGUAAUGGCCGCGCUGAGGCGGCUCGCGGGAUGCGUUGCCGGCGAGAGCAAGGAGAGGUUGGCAAGCAUUGAGGCGCUUUCAAGCGUUGUUCGUUCCUUGUCGAGAGACAUCGAUGAGAGAAGCGAAGCGAUUGCAGUGCUGUUGGAUCUGUCAGACAUCCCACAAGUUCGCCAGAGGAUCGGCAGGAUCAAAGGAUGUAUCGUAAUGCUGGUCACGUUGAGGAAUGCACAUGAAUCAGGCACCAACGAUGAUGCAGAGAAGCUGCUGCACAUCUUGUCGUCCAACCCACAAAAUGUGCUGUUGAUGGCAGAGGCUGGUUAUUUUCGACCUAUGAUAGAGUACCUAAAAGAAGGUUCUGACAUGAACAAGGUCCUAAUGGCUACUGCUAUUUCAAAGAUGUUCCUAUCUGAGCAGAUGAAAUCUUCCCUCGGUGAAGAUGGAGCUGUUGAACCCCUUGUGCAAAUGUUUAAAUAUGGAAAUCUUGAAGCCAAGCACUCAGCCUUAGGUGCCAUACGUAAUCUUUCUAGUUCUCUACAAAAUGCAGAGCUUUUGAUAAAUUCUGGAAUAACAGGACCACUGCUCCAGCUCCUUUUCUCUGUGACAUCAGCGCUCAUGACCCUCAGAGAGCCAGCCUCAGCUAUACUUGCAGCUAUAGCGCAGUCUGAACGUAUUCUACUUUAUAAAGAUGUAGCCCCUCAGAUGCUGUCACUUCUUAAUUUGUCGAGUCCAGUAAUUCAGCUUCAUCUUCUAAGGGCCCUAAUUAGUAUUUCUGGGCACAAUAAUGCUAAAAGGGCCAGAAGUAAAAUUAGACAAAAUGGAGGGGUACAACUGCUUCUGCCGUUCCUAACAGAGAAGAAUGUGGAUAUCAAAAUUGCUGCUCUGAAUUUAACAUUCCAUCUAUCGAAAGAUCCUUCGCAAGAAUUGGCUGAACAGUUCAGGGAGACCCAUCUAGAUAUUUUGGUAAAGAUCAUCUCUUCACCUACUUCUCGAGAUGAGAAGGCUGCAGCGGUUGGUAUCCUAAGCAACCUCCCAUUGACAGACAAGAAGAUAACUGAGAUUUUGACACGAGCGAACUUGCUUCCUAUUCUGAUCAUCUUAUGUGAAGCAAACAUCACAGCUUCUAGGACACCUCAAAGGUCGUGGUUACUCGAGGGUAUUGCUGGUGUAUUUAUGCGGUUCACAGUUACCUGGGAUAAGAAACUACAGAGCUUAGCAGUUGGAUGUGGGGUGGUUCCUUGCCUCAUCAAAUUGCUUUCAGAAGGAUCAGUAGAUGCCAAGUCCAAAGCAGCAACAUCCUUGGCUCAAUUGUCAGAGAGUACAAUGACAUUGCGUAAGUCAAAAUCGCCAAGGUGGCUUUGUGUUCCUCCAUCAGCUGAAUCCUACUGUAUAGUUCACAGCUGCCAGUGCACUGUCAAAAGCACUUUCUGCUUGGUAAAAGCCGGCGCCGUCAAUCCUCUGUUGCGAAUGCUGGAAGGCGAAGAGCGUGAAGCAGACGUAGCAGUGUUGGAAGCACUGGCUACCCUUAUGCAGGAUGAGAUUUGGGAAAAUGGUAGCAGGGUGAUAGAAAGGGCAUCAGGUAUCCAUGCUCUGCUGAGAGUAGCUGAAGCGGGCGACUUGAGUUCCCAGGAGAAGGCGAUAUGGAUGCUGGAGAGGAUUUUCCGGCUUGACGAUCACAGGGAGCGCUACGGCGAAAUCGCGCAGGCUUUGCUCAUUGAUCUGGCUCAGAAAGGAGACCCUUCCCUGAAACCGAUGAUCGGCAAGAUACUGGCUCACCUUGAGCUGCUGCAAACACAGUCUAGCUACUUUUAAGCGCUGAGAUGUUGAUGCAGUGACACCGGUGGGAACUGGCACGAGUAGCCAGGCACUGGCAGAGUGCUGUUAAUUAUACCGGGCAAUGACAUCUGAUGUCUUGAAGAAAGAUGGUCAAUCUGCAGGGAACGAUUUCUCGAAGCAAAGGCUACGUUGAGCUGAUGUGAACAGGUUCCAAGUGUCGCAUCUUACUACUUCAUCAGAAACUUUCCUUCAGGACCUCACCAGAUCGUGCGCUGUGAAGUGUGAAUAGCUGUAGCUUCAGUGUAUGUCGUUUAUAGCAGAUUGGGCGAAAACUGAAAAGGUACUGUUGUUCUUCUUGUAGAUCCAACGAAUUUCGCUUGAACGAGGAAGAAUAGAAGAUGUAGGUUGUGUAGUUAGCCAUGUGUUGUCUGUCACUCCUCGUUCGUCUGUAAAGUGUAAAGUGGUUGCAGAUGGAGUAUAGCAACAAAUUACCAUUGUUGUGCAGCUAACUUGUUCAACAGCGAAAAAUGUUAAAAGUUGCCAUUCACCUGU